CAGUUAGCUUGCAGCUGUGAAUAUGUAGUAGUAGCAUGUAGAUGAGAGCCAAGAUCUCGAGCAGGCGUCUGGUUGGAGGUAACUUCUCUUUGUCGCAGACGAAAAAUAACAAGGUUAUCGGUUGAAAACCGUCUUGACAACAUGGAUUACUGGAGUGCCUUGGAGGUAUACAAGGAGAUGAUGCUCAUCUACCUGGAGGACGUUCGGCGGCUUGUGAACGGGCACUGCAGAGACUUUGAGCCGUGGCAGCUCAUCGGAGUGACGCUCGCCACCACACUGGGAGCCGUGUGGCUUAAAGGAUUCCUCUUCCAACAAGAAAGUCUCCUUUCCAGAAUGAAGAAGCAAUGCUUUCGACUCAUCAGAAAAAUACCCUUCAUUGGCGGCCCGAUCCAGCGUCAACUGAACAAGGCUUUAGACGACAUGUCUGCCGGUCUGUGCACUCUGAAGAAUGGCAUGAGUUACACCAAAAAGUUGCCCUCAAAAGGUCUCUCGCAAAGCCAAGUGUUGGACAAGAUCAGCGAGUACCAAACGUUGAAUGAGUGCCAGUGGCAGAAGGGCUGUGUUUCAGGCGCAGUGUACUGGGGUGAUGAAACACUGACGAAACUCCUGGUCAAGGUUUAUGGCGAUUUUGCAUGGAGCAACCCACUUCAUCCAGACAUCUUUCCCGGUGUGAGAAAAAUGGAGGCAGAGGUGGUCAGAAUGGCUUGCACACUUUUCCACGGCGGACCCGACUCGUGUGGCACAGUGACUUCAGGAGGAACGGAGAGCAUACUGAUGGCCUGCAAGGCGUACAGAGACAUGGCGUAUGAACGAGGUGUCAAAUACCCAGAAAUCCUGGCGCCAAUUAGCGUCCAUGCGGCCUUCGACAAAGCGGCGCAUUACUUCGGGAUGAAGCUUGUUCACAUUCCCCUCAAUAGCAAAACAAUGCAGGUUGACGUCAAGGCUAUGAAGAGAGCCAUCAACAAGAACACGGCCAUGCUCGUGUGCUCAGCCCCUCAGUUUCCACACGGCAUUAUGGACCCUAUUGGAGAAGUUGCCAAGCUGGCCGUACGUUACCACCUGCCGUUGCAUGUAGAUGCCUGUUUGGGUGGUUUUCUGAUCGUCUUCAUGGCCAAGGCUGGCUACCAGCUCCCACCGUUCGACUUCAGGGUAAAAGGUGUUACAAGCAUCUCUGCAGACACUCACAAGUACGGCUACGCCCCCAAAGGUUCUUCAGUGAUUCUCUACAGUGAUAAAAAGUACCGUCACUAUCAGUACUUUGUGGCUCCAGACUGGCAGGGCGGAAUCUAUGCCUCGCCCUCCAUCGCGGGCUCCAGGCCCGGAGGAAUUGUGGCGGCCUGCUGGGCCACCAUGAUGCACAUGGGAGAGAAUGGAUACGUGGACGCCACUCGCAAGAUCAUCGGCGUGGCGCGCAAAAUUAAAGCAGAGGUUCGAAAGACGAAAGGCGUGUUUGUGUUCGGGGAUCCCGAAAUUUCAGUGGUGGCGAUCGGCUCGGAUGAUUUUGAUAUUUUCCGUCUGUCCAACGCAUUGACGUCAAAGGGCUGGAAUCUGAACACGCUUCAGUAUCCAUCCAGCAUCCACAUUUGUUGCACAGUUCUGCACACCCAGCCGGGUGUUGUGGAGCGCUUUGUUGGCGAUAUCAGAGAACAGGUUGCCAUCAUUAUGAAGAACCCCAAAGAGAAAACCACAGGAAUGGGAGCCAUCUACGGCAUGGCCCAGUCUAUCCCAGACAGAUCCAUGGUAACGGAAAUCUCCCGAGGCUUCCUGGACUGUCUAUACAGCACGGAGGUGCCCAAGUCCAACACCAGCCACAUGAACGGUAACGGCAAAGCCCACUAAAAAAAAAAAAAAAAAAAGGAUCAGGGUUGUUCUCGACUCGCUGCACGCACACGGGAAAUUCGCUCAUCUCCUCCCGGUGCUCUUGAGUUCAGGGUUGACUGGUUGCCUUAUCUUGCAUCACUUCGACAGUUUCUAAAAGCACAAGACGUCCUUUUAAUCACCACCGGAGGAAAAUGACUCCAAGAGACUGGCUGGUGUUCAAAUAGAUUGAAAUCAUGUAGUGAAUGUGUUUGUGUCAUUAGAUUCAUUUCAAUAUUAAUUAUCCUGCAUAGUCUGAAUAUUUCAAUUUGCUGCUGUCAUUUCUUUUUUUUUUUUUUUUUUGCUGAUGACGCAGCAAAAAAAAAAAAGAAAAAAAAAACACCACUGAGAGCUUGUGAAACAGGAUCCAACUGCAUGAGUAUUUUUUUUUUUUUAUGUAAAAGCACUGCAGUGGCUGGGCAGGAACAAAUCAGAUUCCUAUUCAAACCACUUGAUAGUACCACUUGCUCAUCCUGUAUGUACUCUUACGGCAUCACUUGAUAGCACUUCAUGUCAUUACUUUCAAUUCCUCUUUUGUAGUUGGGACUUCAAAUGGGUUUCAACCAUGGGAGCAUUUGAUAGUUUUGAAGUUGAACAGCUAGUGUAACCAAAGCUGUACUGGUUGUCUUCACCUUUCACUAACCCACAUUUAAAAGAUUGUUGCUGUUUGUGCUCAAGUGCUUGACUUCACCUGUGGAGUCAGCCACGUUUUGAUAAUUGUCCUAAUUUAAUCUACCUCAAUUUGUACUUGUAGUGCAAACCUACAAAGCAAACUUUUAUUUCUAAAAGUGUCGCCUGUUUAACACUGUCAUGACAUUUGAUGUAGAAAAAUAAUUCUAGCGAUCCGCCAUGAUUGGGGCUAUUGAUAAGACAUUUUCACGUGUGCACUCAAAGGACCACGUUUUGUAUUCAUGGAAUUGUUUCUCUGUUUGUGCAAUAACUGUGUUAUGGAAUGAUAGAAUAGGGACUGUUGCGUAAUAACGUUUAACACGAUAUAUUCAUGUUAUUGAUAGCUUAUCAGGCCAGUGGGUGUUUGUAUUCUCACAAAUGUUUUCAAGACAUGAAUGUUUUUACAUGUUUGAGCUGCACUCCUAUCAGGGUAGUAAUGUUAAUUCAGAUUGUGCCUGGUUGAAAAAAAA